CUCGCAGUAAAGAUCAUUCUAAUUUCAGCCAACCCUCUAAAUCCUUAUUAUUAAUGAAUACAAAAUUAACACUUAAUUUGUCUCUUGGAACCUAGAAUGGGGUUGAUUUUCAUCCUUCUUCAAUUAAACUAAAACUAAGUGAAAUGCUAAAACUGAUAUUAAAACAAGAUUAAAGAAGAGAAUGGAUAAAUAUAGAGAUAUAAUAGUCUGAUACUGUAACACCGCCGCGCAAUCUUUUCCAUUCCAUCUGAUUUCUUAACCCUCUCCAAUGGCGGCUGACUCUCAACAGCCCACCAUUACGAAGGUGAAGAUGAAAUUGGCCGAUUCGAAUAGCCGAAAACUACUCCAAGGAGAAAAAGUUGAGGUGAGGAAUACUGAAGAUGGGUUCUUGGGCUCGUGGCACACUGGGACCGUGCUUAAGCGGGGAAGAUUAAUGUGUCAUGUAAAGUAUGAUCACCUUCUAUGUGAGAAUGGAUCGACCAACUUGGUUGAACUGGUGAAAGUUAGUUCCAUGAUUGAUGAGGUUGUGCCUGCUGAGUGGGACCCUGAUAAUUAUCGCGGUGUGAUUAGGCCUUCUCCACCUACACUUGACAUUGUGGACAGGACUCUUCACUAUGGAGAAUGUGUCGAUUUGUUUUACCAGGAUGCAUGGUGGGAAGGUGUGAUUUUUGACCGUGAUGAUGAUUUGGAGAACCGGAGGGUGUUCUUUCCGGAUAUGGGUGACGAAAUGACAGUGUGUGUCAAAAACCUGAGGAUCACACAGGAUUGGAAUGAGGUUACGGAAGAAUGGAAGCCUCGUGGCAAUUGGAUAUUCCUUGAAAUUGUUGAUGAAAUGGGGAAGAAGCUACCCCUUCUAGUGUCUGUAAAGCAAAUCUGGUAUGAAGUACGGGAGAAGAACAGGUUUAAGGAUUGGACAAUUUCUGUAAGGGAUUUUUGGAGGGGAUCGAUAUCUGUAGUUCUAUUUGAUAAUUUGAAGCUGACCAUCACUCAGUUUCUAAGUUUAUUGAACUCUGCACAAGGGUUUCUUCAGGAUGGGCAAUCACUUGAGUUUUCUCAACUUCCUCUUAAUGAUAUAUUGGAAUCUGUAGAAUUUAUUGAUAACCUUCUUGCCCUGGACCGUACUGAGGUGCUUCCUAACAGCUUCAAUUUAUCCAGGAUCCAAAAAACUCUCGACGAGGAAAUCGUCCCAAUGGAUAUUGCUCCGACCAUAGAUGUAGUCAGUACCAGUGAUAAGAAUUUGGAAUUCCUGGUCACACAAAGCAUUGAUGAAAUGCUAUUAGAUGGUCAUGAAGAACUUCAUUGUAGAAGCUCCAAACUGUCUAUCGAGGAUAUUAAAUGCUCACAAAACAAAACCAGACUGAAGUGGUCUGCUAUUGAGCUUGAAGCACAGUCUUUUCCUGAAGCACUUGAAGAAUCCGUAAGGGCAGGUUAUCGAGCUCCGCAUGAUAUGGUGGUGAAGUUAAGAAAACAUCUUUUACAUUUGGGAUGGAAGAUUGAGUAUGCAAUUGAUUACCAGAGGAACCGGUCAAUGACUAGGUUCAGGUACUUUCCACCUUCUGGACCUGUAUUCAUGUCACUUGUAAAAAUUCGUGAGUACUUGCACACACAAUCCGUACAUAACCAAAGAACCAAACGGGAGUGGUCUCCCAUUCCCCUUGAACCCAAGCUUUUCCCAAAAGCAGUGGAAGAAUACAAAAGAUUGAUUCAGUUGAAUAUUCGACCUCAUAAAGGUUUACAUGCUCAAGUAAGGAGACAUCUUUUGUGUAUGGGAUGGAAAGUUGAGUAUGCAGUUGAUACGCAUAGGGUUCGGUAUGUUUCACCCUGUGGAACUUUAGUGCAGUCACUUGUACAAAUUUUAAAGGGUCUGGACACUCUGUCUGUGGUACCCCUUCACCACCAAACAAGUGGAGAUGACUCUCAGACUUCUAUGGAUGAAAAUAUUGUUUCUGAGUAUAAUCCUCAGGCAGUGAUUGACUAUGUAUCCAAUUGGUCUGUGGACACACAACCCAAAAGUAAACAGAAAAAUGUUGCAAAGAUUGCAAAUGAAGCUAAACAACAUCUAAGUUAUAGUGGAUGGAAAAUGUCUUAUGAGUGGAAAGGAGAUAAGAAAAAGGUUCAAUAUAUGUCCCCUUAUGGAAAGAUAUGCUACUCACUUGUAACAGCCUGCAAACGGUAUCUUGUGGAGAAUGCAUGGUCUAACAGUGAUGCUUCUUAUCUCACUGGGAAAAGCGAGUUUGCACAUGAUGACAUGGAGCAUGUUCAGCCAGGUCAUAGUGCAGCGAGCAAGAAAAGGAAGUUUAUGGCUUUAAAUAGGGCUGGAGAUGCUGUUGCAAGUUCUCAAACAUCAACUCGUGUGCUAAGAUCGUAUAAAAGAGCUAGGCAGGUGGGUCCAACUUCUCACCAAACUCCUCGCAGUGUUUUAUCUUGGUUGAUAGACAAUAAUGUGGUUCUACCUCGAACAAAAGUGCAUUAUCGUGAAAGGGAUGAUAGUCAUCCAAAGAGGGUGGGGCGAAUUAGUUGUUAUGGAAUCAAAUGUAAUUGCUGUCAGGAAAUUUAUGGACUUAGUAAUUUUGGAGCUCAUGCAGGAAGCACCGAUCACAGUCCUUCAAAAAAUAUCUUUUUGGAAGAUGGAAGGUCAAUACUAGAGUGCCAACUUGAGAUGAAACGUAAAAUUUAUGCAAAGAAGAAAGAACCUCGUUUAAAGAAAGUGAGUCACAAUAUCAGAACAAAUGACUAUAUAUGCUCCAUCUGUCAUGACGGUGGUGAACUAAUCCUAUGUGAUAUGUGUCCAUCAUCCUUUCAUCCCGGAUGCCUUGGCAUGAUGGAGCUUCCAGAUGGUGAUUGGUUCUGCCCGUUUUGCUGCUGUGGAAUUUGUGGUCAUAGCAAUGAUUUAUUUGCGGCUAAUAAUGCGGUCAACUGUUCUCAAUGCGAGAAUCAAUAUCAUGUUGGCUGCAUAAUAAGUAAUGGGCUUCCAAAGCCUGGCAGCUAUCCUGAAGGAUAUUGGUUUUGUAAUAAAAAAUGCGAGCAGAUAUUUUUUGGUCUUCAUAAGCUUUUAGGAAAACCAAUUUGUUUGGGGACUGAUAAACUCUCUUGGACAUUGUUAAAAUACCCAAAACCAGGCAAUUUUUCUCACAAUGUUCCAGACGACGAGCUUGCAAUUGAGAGUUAUAGCAAGCUCAGUGUUGCCCUUGGUGUAAUGCAUGAAUGUUUUGAGCCUAUCAAAGAAUCUCGAACUGGGAGAGAUCUCAUGGAAGAUAUUGUUUUUAAUAGAUGGUCUGAACUCGGCCGUUUAAACUUUCGAGGGUUCUAUACUGUGCUUUUGGAAAGAAAUGAUGAACUCAUUACGGUGGCAACUGUAAGGGUUCAUGGAGAAAAGGUAGCUGAGGUUCCAUUUGUGGCCACCCGUUUCCAAUACCGACGGCUUGGAAUGUGUAGAAUUUUGAUGAAUGUUCUUGAGAAGAAACUAACUGAAUUAGGAGUGGAGAGGCUAGUUUUGCCAGCUGCUACUAGCGUGCUGGACACAUGGACAAGUUCAUUUGGUUUCUCUGUGAUUAAUGAUUCAGAUAGAUCAAACUUCUCGAAUUUCAAUAUAGUUAAUUUCUAUGGAACAGUCAUGUGCCAAAAGCUCUUAACGAGAACAUCCAUGGAGUUAAUUGUCUUCACAGAAUCCACCCAACACAUUUUUGGCAAAGCCGAUAAGGAAUAUUCUGAAUUGGAUGGGACUAGUGCUGUUUCUGAGGUCGUCCAAGCUGAACAAAACGACAGGAGUGGCAUCAUCGACCAAGGACCAGUCGAUACACCUGGAGGAACCACUACCAGCAGCAACAACCCAGCUCCCCUACUUGUGUUGAAACAAACGAGUGCUCCUGAGUUCCCAGCUCAAAUGACUUUGACUGAUGUUUCUGGUCGAAAGGAAGUUGGAAACGACGCAGGGGUUGGUUUCUUAAAAUGCUACAAGAGGAGGAGGAAACUCUUGGCUGGAGAAGCUGAACUGUUCAUGAAGGAGGUAACACCGUAACAGGUGCUUAACCAUUUGGUUAAUUGAAUCAGAAAGUUGUUUUGAGCCAACCCAAUAAAACAUAUGAGUUUCUGCUUUCCUGCAACCUUUUAAAAUGUAAAUGGUGUCGUCUCUAUGGGAAGAAAGAGAGAGCUUUUGGCUCUCCAAACUCAAUGUUUGUGUACAGUUUAGGUUAGUUGUCGAUGCCUUGUGCCGCGGUGUUAGAUCUUUUGGUGUACAAAAAACAAACAAAUGGUUUCCCGGGGG